AUGCACACACCUGACAGAGAACCAGUAUUUCCCAAGUUAAUUAAGGAACAUGCCAAACGGAAUCCGGAUACACAUAUUGUAUUUCAUGACGAAGAAAUAGUUUUUCCAACAUCCGACGAUAUUCCACGGAUAUUAAGGGAAUACCACUGCUCAGCCAUCGGGGGACACAAGGGGGAGAAGAAAACAUACAAACGCAUUUUAAAUAACUACUAUUGGAAGACUAUGAUCAAGGACAUAAAGGACUACAUUAGGAACUGUUUGGAAUGUCAGCGUGUCAAAGCUAACAGGAGACCAUGUAUAACACCAUUGGAAUUAACGGAUACGCCGAAACGAUUUAAUGAUAAAAUUGCAAUGGACAUCGUUGGACCACUCAAGGAAACGCUAAGGGGACAUAAAUAUAUAUUAACUGCACAAUGUUUAUUAACCAAAUACAGUUGGGCUUGGCCUUUAAGCAAUUAUACCGCAGAAAGUUGUGCUAACGUUUUCUUGAAACAUUACAUUUGCAGGUACGGAGCACCCAAAACGAUUUUAACUGAUAACGGACGGAACUUUGUAUCAGAGUUUAUGAAGACUUUCGAAAAGAUUAUUGGAAUUCGGCAUGUUACCACCACUGCAGUCCAUCCCGAGAGUAAUGGUUCACUUGAAAGAAGUCAUCAGGUGUUAAAGGAUUACUUGAAGAUUUAUGUCAAUAAGGAACAGAAUAAUUGGGACGAUUACUUAGACUUAGCGGUUUUUAACUACAAUACCCACGUACACGAAGCCACAAAAUAUUCUCCAUAUGAACUAGUAUACGGAAGACACGCCAAUCUACCAUCCAAUGGAAGAAAUAGGAUACUGACGCACACGGAUGUUUUAAAUGAAUUAUCCAGCCGCAUAAAGGACCUGCAAAGAAAUGCCAGAAACAAUCUGGAAGAAGCUAAAAGGAGGACGAAGGAAAGAUAUGACAGAACCUGCAGGCCAUAUGAUUUUAAAAAGGGUGAUUACGUAUGGGUUACGAAUGAGGAUAGAAAUAAGGCCAGCGGAUUAAGUGUUCCAUUUGAAGGACCUUACCUUAUUUUAGACGUUCCAUCGGAAACAAACAUACUGAUUCAAAAAUAUCGGAAAUCUGUAUUAAUACACAAAAAUCGAUGGGUCAGUGUGCAGGGUGAGGAGGCGCAGUACGGGAUUCGUGAGUUCGAAACCCUACCAACCUUCUACCUGGAGCCUUUAGGACAACUGAGGUUGUUCACUGAGGAAUGGAGGGUAAUUAGUUACCUGCCACUUGAGGACCUUAUCCAGCAAGAGGCCCACAUCGAAGAGGGUAUCAGGAGCAUAAGGAAAUUGGACAUAGGCGGUCUUCAUAAUCGGACAAUAUACCAACUGGAGAGAUGCCUACUACAAGCCAGGAAAGAUCGUGAGCGAUUAUUUUCUUCGGUAGGCUAUGAGUUAUCCUGGUCAAAGCGAGUGCGCCGCGGCGUAUUCAAUUUCAUUGGUGACGUGAGCAAGAUCCUCUUCGGAACAAUGAGUAAUGAAGACGCAGAAUAUUAUAAUCGUGAAAUAGAUUUAGUACAUAAGGAUAACAAGCGUAACGCGGAAUUAUUUAAGAAUCAGACCAAUAUAUUAAAAGUAGUAUUAGAAAGAAAUGACAACUUGUUGGAGGAUUAUAAACGGAAAAUAGGCACUAUGAAUUUAGACAUUAAUAAAAUAGAAAACAACGAAAGAACCAAUCUGCUAGAUGAUACAAUUCUCGAAUUAGGUGUAAUAUUGGAAUUAGAGAUUCUUAGUUACCAACGAAAUGUAGAUAUAACUAAUCAGGCUAUACUAGACGGUAGACAGGGCAAUAUAUCGCCAAAUGUAAUAGAACCUCAAGUUUUUUUUGAAAUAGUACAGAAAAUAAGGGCGGAAAAGGGUACAAAUCGAUUACCACAGGUCGCCGUGGCUGAACACUACUACGAGUAUCUUCAAAUAUGUAACAUAGAAAUAGGCAUAAUAGAUAAGAGAUUAGUAUCCGUAGUUAAAAUACCAAUUCUUGAAACAAACUUUUAUAUGCAAUACAAGGUACACUCUAUACCAAGUGUUCAGACUGACGGUACCAUCAUUCGUUUAGAGGCUCCACAAGAUUACGUCAUUACAAAUAUGGAAAGAACACAAAUGUCGCCGAGUUCCUUCUUUUUCCUUAAUAGUUGUAAGAAGUUAAACCACGUCUAUUAUUGUAAACGUUUAGAACCGAAGUAUAGGAUAACAAGGGAACAAAAUUGUUUAAGCCGUUGGUUGAAAGAAGUUUUCGAUAACAGCGCUAAGAUCUGCACAUCCUUUGUUGGAAUCAUGCAAUACUCGUUAUACUUACCGUUGCAAACCGGUACAGAUUGGAUACUUAUUCCUCGUGGAAACGAACAAGUACAAAUACUUUGCGGACAAAAUUCGAAGUUUGUAACAUUAACCAAGCCAAGUAUUAUACAUUUAGGACCUAACUGUAUAGCUAGUACAGAUUUUGUGGUAUUAGAACCAAUGCAUAGUUCCAAUAGAAUUGUCACUGAACUCCGUUUUGACCUUCCAAGUUAUAAUUUUACUUCUAUACAUGAAACUUAUCAACAGUUGCUGCACAGUAUAAAUUUAACAAAUUUAAACAUACCGAAAAUAGACAAGCUAGAUUCGCAUGUAUUAGGUAAACGUUUAGAAGACCUGGUUAAAGAAGCGGAGACAAUAGACGAAGAAUACGGUCAAGUUUUCAAAUCAUUCACUACAAUGGAUUCUAGUCAAGUGAUAAAAGAUAUGCAAGAACUGAAAGAAAUUGUUUUAACGCUUGCGACUAAGAUAACUUCUCUGGAAAAUAGUAGAAACUCGGCAGGGGGUAGUUCGGUGAUAACAGAAGAUCACAAUACGGCUAAUAGAAUAGAGUUCGAAAAUGUAGAUGUACCACAGCCGGCGGUAGAACCCGAAACAUCUAGUAUUAAUUUCAUUGAAGAGGAGAGGAUUUCUAAAUUUUUAUGGAACGAGGUCAAAGCUUUACCGGAAUUUGAUAACUGGAAAUUUUCUUCAGCAAUUCUUUUUUAUGAUUUUUUAAAAUGCUGGCACCUGGUGAUAAAAAGCGUGAACGUUCCGGCAACAGUGAAGGCUGACGACACUGCUUAUGUGAUCUUGGAUUGCGACUACGAUCUCGAGAACACGCCGAACAAGGGAUUAGUCGUGAAAUGGUUUUUCAACACCAACGAAGUGGCUUACCAAUGGAUAUACGGCAGGGACCCCUUAGCUGGGGAUACGACGCGGAAAUACAUGUACGUCGAUCUGAUGUACAAAUCCAGCAACGAUCCGUACACCGAGUACCGAGCUAUGAAAUUGAAUAAGCCCGACAUCGAUCUUACCGGCGAAUACACGUGUGUCAUAUCCACUUUCGCGGACGAACGAUCUGCGAGUGCUUUCAUGAUUGUGUAUUGUAAGUAUUCAAUUACCAAUAAAGCGCCAUUGAUAUACUAUCGUUUAUGUCGAUUUAUGUCUAACAGAGUGUAA